AUGGAGAGCAUCCGCCUCGCCGACACCCACUGGCCGUCGUCUCUCCCGGCACCGGCGUCGGCCCACCUCCGCCGCUGCCACCUCCACCGCCUCCCCGGCCAAAUCUCCCUCCCCCGCACCUCCCCCUCCCUCUUCUCCCCGCACCAUCAUCGCCUCUGCCCCACGCCUCGCCAUGACCUCCUGCAGCCUCUCCUCGCCUCCGCAGCCCCUGCUUCUAGCCCCGAGCCAAAGCUCCCCGGCCCCGCCGCUUCCGGCGCGAAGCUCGUGCCCGCCUCCCCAGCCCCUGAUUCUAGCCCCGAGCCGAAGCCCUCCGGCGCGAAGCUCGUGCCGCUUGUCAUCUCCCUCGCGGUCGGCCUCGCCGUGCGGUUCCUCGCGCCGCGGCCCGCCGAGGUGAGCCCGCGGGCGUGGCAGCUGCUCUCCAUCUUCCUCUCCACCAUCGCGGGGCUCGUGCUGGGCCCGCUUCCCGUCGGCGCCUGGGCCUUCCUCGGGCUCACGGCCGCCGUCGCCACGCACACGCUCCCCUUCGCCACCGCCUUCGCCGCAUUCACCAACGAGAUCAUCUGGCUCAUCGUCAUCUCCUUCUUCUUCGCGCGCGGGUUCGUCAAGACGGGCCUCGGCGACCGCGUCGCCACCUACUUCGUCAAGUGGCUCGGGAGCAGCACGCUGGGGCUGUCCUACGGGCUCACCCUCGGCGAGGCCUGCAUAGCGCCGGCCAUGCCCAGCACUGCGGCGAGGGCAGGGGGCAUUUUCCUGCCGAUCAUCAAGUCACUCUCCCUCUCGGCUGGGAGCAAGCCCAAUCAUCCGUCUUCACGGAAGCUCGGAACAUAUCUUGUCAUGUCGCAAUUCCAGGCAGCUAGUAGCUCAAGUGCUUUAUUCCUGACUGCUGGGGCACAAAAUCUGUUGUGCUUGAAUCUAGCAGAAGAGCUUGGUGUUAUUAUCGCAAAUCCAUGGGUAACAUGGUUUAAAGCUGCUAGUUUGCCAGCUAUAGUUUCUCUCCUAGCAACGCCAUACUUGCUAUACAAAAUCUUCCCCCCUGAAAUAAAGGACACCCCUGAGGCCCCGGCAUUGGCUGCAGAGAAGCAGAAGCAGAUGGGGUCGGUGACUAAAAAUGAAUGGGCUAUGAUUGGCACAAUGAUUCUUGCAGUCGCGCUAUGGAUUUUUGGGGAUGCUAUUGGUGUGUCCAGUGUUGUGGCUGCAAUGCUUGGGCUCUCCAUUCUUCUUCUGCUUGGUGUGCUGGACUGGGUUGAUAUCUUGAAUGAAAAAUCCGCAUGGGAUACGUUGGCUUGGUUUUCAGUUCUGGUUGGGAUGGCAGCACAACUCACAAACCUGGGGAUUGUUUCUUGGAUGUCAAGCUGUAUUGCUAAGCUGCUUCAGUCUUUCUCAUUGAGUUGGCCUGCAGCAUUUUGUGUUCUUCAGGCCUCCUACCUUGUGAUCCAUUAUCUAUUUGCAAGCCAAACUGGGCAUGUUGGAGCCUUGUACUCGGCAUUUCUGGCUAUGCAUGUAGCAGCAGGUGUCCCUCGUGUGCUUUCAGCACUUGCUUUGGCGUUCAACACAGAUUUGUUUGGGGGAAUAACUCACUACAGUAGUGGGCAGGCAGCGGUAUACUUUGGAGCUGGGUAUCUUGAGCUUCCCGAUGUUUUCAGGAUUGGUUUUAUAUCAACCUUGAUUAACGCAUUGAUCUGGGGAGGUAUUGGGACCUUUUGGUGGAAACUUUUAGGGCUCUACUGA